AUGGCUUCUACCAGUGCUACUCCUUCUCGCAAUGAGAUCACCGUCGUUCUCGGUCAUGCUGAACAUGACGAGCCGCAUGCUAUGGGAACAGCCCUAGAAUCUCUCGCUAGGAAAUAUCGUGUUUCGAUGAAUGAGCUAGUGUCCAGCAUGAUCAAGGACACCAAUGGAUCGACGAUUCUGCAUGUCGCCGCAAUGAAUGGUAGCAUUGUGGGUCACCACAACGAGGACGCCAUGGGUCUUGCAAGCUUCAUCGACAAGAAGGACAUGAACGGCAACACCGCCGCACACAUGGCCGUUGCAGCUGGCCAGCUGGUUGCGGCCCAUCAUCUUCGUACGCAUGGGGCGUCUCUCAACGCCAAGAACAACAAGGGCUGGUCACUUCUGCAGGCCGCCGUCAAAAACGAACACUUGGCGAUGACCUGGCUCUUGGUGCGCGGUGCCAAUAUCAGCGCAACGACCAUUCAGGGGAAUACAUGCCUCCACCUGGCUGCUAAGUCGGAUUGGUACAUGGGGAGCAAGCUUCUAUUGGAGAAGGGCGUGGACUACACGGUACGCAACAAGCAUGGUCUGCAAGCCUCCGAGGUUGCCGAUAUCAAUUGCUCUGAGGCUUUCACAGGCCUGCUGAUGGAAAUGGAAAAUUUCCAGCCCUCGGCCAACGCCACGGACUACGAUUGGGACGCCAUCAAAGAUGAAAUCGAUGGUUAUUUCGAGUAG